AUGGAAAUGACUAUGGCUUUGUCGGCUCAGCAUCCACGCUCAAUUCUCCUUCAUCUUUGUCCACUUUCCCCAAUCUCGAGCAGCUUAUGAACUCUGCGUGAUCCUUGGUCUUCUCAUGUCAAUUUUCACCCUGACUUGAGCUCUAACCCUUCCACCCGUUCCCUCUAGAAUGGCAAGCCUCUUUCGCUUCCAUCCAUUCAUUCCCAUACUUCGAGUCCGCUUGAGGCUCCAGUCCUGGUUCCUCUGAUUACGCGGCGUGACUCCGAUCCUUUUCCCUCUCUCACCCUCUCCUUACUCUCUUUUCUCCUCUUUAUUGCCGCCCAUCGCCCAAGCUGCACUGCUUGGGCACCCCACCAUGAAAUUUGGACGCAAUCUCCCUCGUAACCAGGUCCCCGAGUGGGCGUCUGCCUAUAUCAACUACAAAGCCUUAAAAAAGUUGAUCAAGGCGGCCUCAAUUGCUCGGACGCAAGAUGGCAAUCUUGAUCUUGCCGGUUUUUUCCAUGCCCUUGACCGCAACCUUGAAGACGUGGACCACUUCUACAAUCGAAAAUACCACGACUUCUCUCGACGCCUCAAACUCCUCCAAGAUCGAUACCCCACUUCCCCCCAAGCCGCAGUCUUGUUCGAUAGGGAUGAACGUGAAGACUUGUUGGCUGCUCUACUCGAGUUGCGCGGCCAAAUGCGUAAGCUGCAGUGGUACGGCGAGGUCAACAGAAGAGGCUUCAUAAAGAUCACAAAGAAGCUGGACAAGCGUAUUCCCGAGGCCCAUGCCCAGAAGAAAUAUCUGCAGCUCAAAGUUGACCCUUCCCCAUUUGCAACAAAUGCCCUCCUCUCUGAAGCCUUGAACAACACCAACGACUGGAUCUCCGUCCUCGGCGACGUUGCCUCCGUUGUCGUUACCAAUGAGGAUCGUGCCUCCAUCUCCUCCGCCUCCUUGACUCGAACAGCAUCCCGACCGUCGUUGGACAUUUCCACCGACCAAUUUGCCAAAGCAGAAGUCAUGAUCCGGCAAGAUGACGCACAAAGCCUGCAGACAUUGAUUGCCAUGAUUCGAACCAGUCAGGGCUCCGAUGUUCCAGAACAUGCAAUCCAACAUCUACUCAAGACACUCCUACAAAGGGCCAUUUUCUCCCGAAGCCGCUCUUGUACCGCUCAGCUUCUUCGUGAUAUCAUCUUCCUGGACGAUCAAGAUGAUAUCAACUCUCGAAACGUCAUCCAUCGUUUGAUUGUCUCGAUCGGUCGAAAGCAGACUGAAACCAACAAAGAGUCCAGCGCAGGGCCCCUUCCUGACGACGAGUCAGAGUUGUCAAAUUACAUCACGCCUGCCACUCCAUCUGCCGUGCCAUUUAAGCGAUUGGUACCUCAGGAAACCCAUCGAAGACGCAUACUGACCCGUGAAGAUGAAUCGAUCUCCUUCCUGUCAUUUCUCUUAGACAACCUGCAGUCCUCCCAACGCCCUGCACUGGCGGCGCGAGACAGUGCUGGACGCACCCCACUCCACUUUGCUGCUGAGUAUGGCGUUCGCGUCAUGGUCGAGGUCAUUAUCGAACAUCUGCGCUCCUGGAAACUUUUCAACGUGGACGACGGCAUUGAUGGCCUAUUCUGGCAGGAUAACGAAGGCUGGGCCCCCCUACAUCUGAGCGUCAUCGGUGGUCAUCCUCUCACUACACAAGCAUUGCUCGACGCUGAGCAGUCAGCGGUCCCAGACUUCUACAAAUCUACUGUCCGUCGCAAUGCCCACAAAUCUUCUGCUGUCUUGGCCCUAGCUGCAAAAGCCAAUUUCGUCGACAUCGUCAAGAUUCUAGUCCAAGCUGGAGUCGAUAUCAAUUACCAGGACGAGCAAGGAGAUACCGCGCUCCAUGUCGCGGCAAGGUUUGGACAUUUGGACUGUGUCAAUGUUCUUCUUGCUGGCUCCGAAACUCAAAAGGCCAAUACUGAACUCGGCGAGAAAGCUUAUGGCUGGACCCCGUUAUUCAUCGCCUGUGUCGAUGGUUUUCUACCCAUUGUCGAGGCUUUGAUCGAGGCUCAUGCUGAUUUGGAACGACUGGAUUCUUCUGGCUGGACUGCAAAAGAGCACGCCGCGCUCCGUGGACAUGUCGAUAUCGCCAAGCUGCUUUGCGACGUCAUCCCUGACCUAGAUUCUGAGAGCGUCGCAUCCGAUUCCGCUCCCUCCACGUCCCCCCCGGUCUCUUCAAGCCUUUCUGAGAGGAAGUCCAAUGCCAUAGGCAGUUCUGCCAACCCAGUCAAGAUGAGCGAGCCAGUAAAGACAUUUGGACAUCGCUAUUUGACCGACAAAAGCAUGAUUCUGGUGAGCUUAGGCACCAUGGACACUCGAAAGACCAUCCGGCCGGUUAAUCUGGACCGCAUUCCCCUCACCAACGCUCAUUCGACGCAGCUUGACACCGCUCUCUCCAUUGUUGUUGCUGCCAAAUCCGCGGAUGGUGAAGCCGAGGUCAUUGACCUCCCUGUCCAGGAUAGCAUCUCCACGGAGCCUAUAGUCUUUCAUUCGGCUGAUCCAUCAAAGGUCAAGCUUUUGUUUGAUCUCAUCCCUACCUAUGCAGGGUCAAGAGAACGCAUUGUCGGACGUGGUGUCGCUCUGUUGUCCAGCGUCAAGUCCAACAUCGGAUCGAGAAGAAUGCCUUUGCAAGGAGACGUGACUGUACCCAUUGUUUCUGCAACAGAUCUCGAAGUCAUUGGGUCUGUGACCUUCAACUUUCUUGUCAUCACCCCUUUUCAUCACCCAAAAAUGUCCAUCACAGAGAAUCAGACUUACUGGAAAAGUAUGUCUUCAACUGUGGUCAUUGGACAUCGAGGACUUGGAAAGAAUUUGGCUGCGGGCCGUCGGUCACUUCAACUUGGUGAAAAUACCAUCCAGUCUUUCAUCGCUGCUGCCAAUCUAGGUGCUUCUUAUGUCGAGUUUGACGUGCAGCUCACAAAAGAUCAUGUUCCUGUCAUCUACCAUGACUUUUUGGUCAGCGAGACGGGCAUUGACGCUCCUGUUCAUACUUUGACACUGGAACAGUUUCUACAUGUCAACGAGAUGAGGACACCACGUCAUUCGAGACCGGCCUCCCCGGUCCCAUUUGAAAAAUCCCGAGUGAGGAGUCUGAAAAACAGCGAACCCCGAGCAAGCCGUAUGCGUUCCAUGUCGGUUGGCGGAGGCGAUAGUGACGUCGUCGAUAUGGAGGAGCGCAUGAAACAUACUCGAGAUUUCAAAAAGAACGGAUUCAAAGGAAAUAGUCGUGGAAAUCAUAUCCAAGCACCAUUUGCCACGCUUGAAGAGAUGUUUAAGAAGCUGCCUCAGAAUGUGGGCUUCAACAUUGAGAUGAAAUAUCCCAUGCUUUCUGAGAGUGAGGACGAGGAAAUGGACACUUAUGCCGUCGAACUCAAUUCCUUUGUUGACACGGUUUUGACCAAAGUCUAUGAUUUGGGCGAAUCGAGGAACAUCAUCUUCUCCUCCUUCAAUCCGGACGUUUGCUUGUUGUUGUCCUUCAAGCAGCCAAGCAUACCUGUCUUGUUCCUUACUGAUGCCGGAACUUCGCCCGUUGGAGAUAUCCGCGCAACGAGUCUUCAAGAAGCCAUUCGAUUCGCUAGUCGUUGGAACCUCCUUGGCGUUGUCAGUGCAGCAGAACCACUUGUCUAUGCCCCUAGGCUAGUGAGAGUAGUCAAGGAGUCAGGACUUGUGUGUGUCAGCUACGGCGCUCCCAACAACGAAGCUUCCAAGGUCAAGUUGCAGGUCAAACAGGGGAUCGACGCUGUCAUUGUCGAUUCUGUUCUGGCCAUACGGAGAGGCCUGACGGGAGACGACAAGUCAACCAAGGGUGAAGCAAAAACAGCCACAAGUGUUUUGGGCGCCACCUCGCUCGCUGCACAAGCUGCCAAUGGAAGUCUCGCUAUGAAAUUGACGGGCAGCACUGAAAGUCUUGAAAUCCCAUCGAUGAUGAAGACAUUGGAACCCGAAGAAAUGAAUGGAAGUUUUGUCGGAAGUGUCAUUUCGGAGAACGAUAGUAAUAACUCUGGGAGUACAACAGAUACAACGCCGGAGGUGAAGAUUGAGUCGGAAGUAGUUGAAAGUUUGACUACACCGAGUCUCGCGAGAGGUGAAGUCACAAAGGCACCUCCGGUGCAAGUGAAGCGUGGAUGAUGACCACGUCGUUUUCUCCGACCUUGGAAUCUACGAGGCGGUUUGAAUCUUGGUGUGGCGCACGAAUACAAUGAUGGCCACUGCAUAAGGCCGGGCAAGUUGACAGAGCAUCAAUUUGAUUAUAGAAGCACAGAAAUAGAGCUCCAGAGCUAGUGCAGCGUUGACGGAGGCGUGCUGUUGUGAGCAUAGAUCGACAUCCACACUGAACCGAAGCACUCUUCAACAACAGUGCAGUACGUCGGAAGUUGGGGGUUAUGGCGUUGGAUUGAAAGCAACGAGGUCACGAUGACCUUGGAAGCCGACUUGAAUGAGAGUGAUCUGGACUUGAAAGAGACGGAUUAACACGGUUGAACAAUGUGGCCUAUAUCAUAUCAUCAUCAUCUUGGGCAGCUCCUUGCGACUGGGUUGGAACCGGUCUUGAGUAGUCACAAUCUCUACUCAAAGAUAUGGAGCUGGAGCUGGAACUGGAUUCAAUUGGAAUUGGGCUGGAACAGGAUCUCGAAAAGCGUCACAGGGUUUCUUACGAGCUGGACAGGAUAUCAUCGAGAUCAAUUUGCUGUACUGGUACAUAAUAUGACCAAUACCGAUUCCUUUAAUGACCUACCAUGAUCACAGUCGCCUGAAUAAAGUACCUACCUAUGGGGGCAAUUCGAUUUUCGGCGGUGUACUUGAAUGUCU